GCUCAAGUUGGCUUUUGUCUCGACUAAAGUAAGAACCAAGACUAGGACUCAACUAAUAUUCACUGAAUUCCAACCUUUACAGCCAUUUUUAAGGCACUCCUUCCGUCUUCAGGCCUUCAUAAUCGUUAUCAGGGAAUGCAAGAGGGCUUUCUCGUUAGAAUGGUGUGAAAAUUUGAACGAUUUUGAGCGGAGGAAGCGAAAGAGAUCUUCGCCGACCAGCACAGAGAGUGUUCAUUAUUACGUGAUGCGAAACCUCCAAAAAACAGUGAAUCCACUGUACGAGUAGAGCGCCUGAAAAACCUGCAUCAUCGUACUCGUGCAGAUUCAUUAUAAUGGAUGACUACUCUGUUAAUGUGGGUGAUUUUGCCAGCAAACCUAUGAAUGAUCUUGAUGAUGGAUUUUUCUAUGGAACUGCUACAGCUUCCCAACAUCCUCAAGAAGGACAACAGCUUGUACCAUACAGUUCAGGAAUGUCUCUUAGCAUGGAGAGGCACAUACAACAGACCAAUGAGCGACUCAUCUGCAUCAAAACACACCUGUCCUCACCUCAAGGGUUCCAGACUGCCGCCAGGGAGUUGUUAGAAUGGUGUGGAGAUGUCAGAGCUUUCCAAAGACCCUUUGAAGGCAACUUGAUGGGGUGUUUAACGGUUGUCAGUCAGGUAGCCGCGACGCAAGGAUAUGACCUUGACCUUGGUUAUCGGCUUCUGGCUGUUUGUGCCGCUCACAGAGACAAGUUCACUCCAAAGUCUGCCAGUAUGUUAUCAGUCUGGUGUGAAGAGUUAGGGAGACUAUUAUUAUUACGGCACCAAAAACAAAGAAAUGACAACCCUAAACCAACACCCUACCAGCAAUCAUCAAUGAAUAAAGGCAUGCCGCCACAGAUGAACCCUAUGAAUAAUAUGGGCCCAGGAGCAGACACAGGGACAGUCAUAUGGCCACAGACCACUCAACAGCAGGCUGCCCUCUCCGUGGUAACAACAGUCUGGGGUGUGACGUCUUCACUGACCAACUCAAUGACGCAUGAUUCUAUGUUGCCUGGGAUACCAACUACAAACACUGUCAACUCUGUCACCCAUCCCUUCCCAACAACCUCGGCGAACCCUACUAAACAGUAUGGGGCACAAGGUGGGUACCCCAAUCGGCGGAUGAUGCCAGACACUACGGCUUCCUCCUAUAUGCAAAGACAACAUAGUUAUCCAAGUGGGAACAAUCCAAACGUUCACCAAAAUAAUGGAACCUAUCCUAAUGGAAUGUAUCCACAGCAACCAAAUGCUCCACCCAAUGCUUCGCCUUUCCCGUCUACACCUGCCAACCCUGCUGCUGCAGCCGCAGCCGCAGCUGUUGCUGCUGCUGCUGCCACAGCAACAGCCACUGCGACAGCAACUGCGACGGCAGCUUUACAAGAGCAGCAGCAAAUGGAGGGAUAUGGCUAUUCUCCUGCACAAGGAGGACAGUACCCAAAUAAUAACCAGGUUAACCAUCCUCAACAUCCGCCACCACCUUACCAGCGCAGUCAUAGCUUUCCUGGCUACACCCAGGAACAGUUCAUGGCACAACAGUCUCCGCAGAUGGGACCACAACCCAGUCACCCCUCGACAAUGAUCAAAGGUCAACAUCCCAUGAGUAGACAACAAUACUUGCAGGAAUUGAUGAUGAAGAAACAACAACAACAACAACAACAAAUGCAGCAUUUUAAGUCCCAACCUACGUCAGCGUAUGGACCGUCACAAUAUGGACCACAACCAGGCUACCCAAUGCAACAACCUGGGUACCAACCACAUAAUGGUUACCAACAGCAACAACCCACUCCUCCCCCACCCUACACACCCACCAUGAACCAGGUCAACCCAAUGUCUCAAGUGGGACCUGGAAACCAGCCCAACGGAAAUGAGCAGAUGGGAAUGAUGGGAGGUAUGCCUCCAAGCAGCCUCGUCAGCAGUAUGAAUCAUGGAGGCCCACCAAUGAGCCAGAUGAACCCGAUGACCCCAAUGGGAAUGUAUGAUACACAAAUAAGUGCAAUACCAUCAAGUAGAUCAGGUCCAAGACGUCGAGUACCCAAGAAUGCGGCACCAUUUGUACCCCCUCCUAUCGCUAAUGCUCUGUCACCUCCUGGUGCACCUUUAACUCCAGGGCCGAUGUCGAGUCCGUAUAUGAGUAUCUCGGAAGGAAAUGGCCCAACGUUCACUUAUAAUAAAUCUUCACAACCUAAUUCGUUACAGCCAGUGGCACCUUCGCCACCUGUGCUGGAAGACGUUAAACCUACGAGACUAAGAACAUUGGAAAAUGAUGUAAUUCGACUAACAUUCCCAGUUAGAGACGGUAUUGUGUUGCCAGCAUUUAGACUGGAACACAACUUAGCAGUCAGUAAUCAUGUAUUCCAUCUGCGAGACUCGGUUCAUCAAACAUUAAUGCAAAGACCCGAUUUAGAGUUACAAUUCAAGUGUUACCAUCACGAAGAUAAACAAACAAAUACCAACUGGCCUGUGUCUGUGGCGGUUAGCGUUAAUGCAACACCACUUCAAAUAGAAAGGGGAGAAAAUAAAACUGCCCACAAGCCAUUACAUCUCAAAACUGUCUGUAAACCUGGUAGAAAUACAAUACAAAUCACUGUUACUGCUUGCUGUUGUUCUCAUUUAUUCGUCCUUCAACUAGUCCAUCGACCUUCUGUUAGUUCGGUAUUACAAAGUCUUUUACGCAAACGGCUACUUCCUGCUGAGCAUUGUAUAGCCAAAGUGAAAAAGAAUUUCGCACUUUGUUCGACUACCAGUAGCAGUGAUGAUGGCGUAGAACAAACAGCAAUCAAAGUGUCCCUCAAGUGUCCUAUAACAUUUAGACGAAUAACAUUGCCAGCACGAGGCAAUGAAUGUAAACAUAUCCAGUGUUUUGACCUGGAAUCCUACUUGAGGCUGAACUGUGAAAGAGGGAGCUGGAAAUGUCCUGUGUGCAACAAAACUGCACUACUGGAAGGCUUGGAAGUCGAUCAGUUCGUAUGGGGAAUUCUCACUUCGCUUGCUUCGUCAGAUAUAGAGGAAGUAACGAUUGACCCAAACAGCACCUGGAAACCUAUGGCUGUCAAACAAGAAAUCAAACAAGAAGAUGACUGUCAAGGACCUCCACCAUCAAAGAAACUCCGCCCAUCUCCGCCAGACUCGUUAUCGCUAAUGAACCCCACCUCUCAACAGUCAAAUACAACGCAUUAUUCACCUUACUCAUCAUCUCAACCUUCUUCAAAUCGAGGUGUUGCAACACCCACACCGCCUGGACAGACACCCACUGAUAUUAAGACUGAACAACAUGGGCCUAAUAGUAACCAGAAUCCAGGAGACACUUCUCAUAGUCCUGCUAACCCAAGUACACCAUCAUCUUCUCAAUCAUCAACAAAUCACAGUAAUCCUACAUCAACACUCAACACCACUACUGCCAACUCCGUCGAACAAACAAUCACUUCAUCAGCACCAUCUUUAACAAAUAACUGCGGCUCGAACACAGAUAACUCUGCUCCUGAUCUUACUUCUGAAAACUUACCUGAUGAAUUUGAAUUUGACCAGUCUAUAUUAGUGGGGCAUAACUCUGGUGAUAAUGGCGAAUUUGAAGGAACACUGGAUGACUUACCAGAAAACCUCGAUCCAUCGCAACUAUUUUCGUACCUCACUCCUUCGGAUCCAGAUCCACACGAAGAUAUCCUAUCAAUGUUUGAUUAAAUCGUCAAGACAAUGAAGAAACAGAGGUAUUUCAAGAUCUCUCCUCAGGUGCUCUUCCCUUUUAGCCAUUACCUCAUGAGGUGGUAUGAAGGUCAAUGAUCUUUGAGAUAUAAAUAAACUUCAAAAUGUACAACGAAAAUGAUGCCGCAAUGCUCAAAAAAAGCUUUGCGGCAGGCAUUUAUACCUCUUAUUAACCCAAGUUUAAAUGAAUAUUAGAUUUAUAAGAAGUUUCUCAGAUAAAAUUAUUAUAACAUACAAAUAUUAGAAAGCAUAAUAAAUAUAGUUGUAACAGUUUUAUUUAUUUUUAUUUUCUGGACACAUUAGCACAUGUAUGAGAACUUCUGAUUCAAACACCGAACAGUGCUCUACUUGAAAGAACACUUUAAAACAAAUCACUUUUUAUUGUCUGUAAAUACUCAUUCACCAACGUGAAUACAUAACCCAUCUUUAUGUAGAUAGAUAGUAUCUCGAUGAUUAUAUGGUGAGUUUGUCUGUCUGUCUACUUUCAUAUCAUAGUUGUUUAUAUAGUGGGGAGAGAGAGAGAACAUUCUUUUAAAGCCUACGUACGGUGGUCCCGAUAUAGUGGAGCGUUUCAGGAUAAGUGCAAAGCAUAUUCAGUUUGGCAUAUAUAACAAGCAUCAAUUCUUUAUGUACAUUCACAGGAUUCAAAGGCACUCCUGUCACUCUGAAAAAAAUCUUGUUGAGUCUGCUGAGAAAUGAAUGGUUGAAAAUGUUAAAAUUUAUUGUUCCUGAUUGGCCACUGUUAUUUGUAUGUUGAACCAAUCAGAAUUGAGUUUGAAUGCAAUCAUUUCUGAUUGGUUGGCCAUGUGUGCAUUGAACCAAUCAGGAUCAACUUUUAUCUUGAAAUAGCUACCCCAAUAAGAACUCCCAAGCACUUUGCUCUGAGUGUCAUCCUGAUUGCCAAGAUGAUUCUCGAAAAGGGUGAAAGUGGUGGUAGUAUUUACAAUAAGGAAGUCAUUAACGGUCAUUUUCACAAAUACUAUCGUUCUGACAGUGCCAUGUCAGCCUGAUAAUUCUGAACAGAACUAUGCACAAAAUUAACACCAUUUUUUGAACAAAACCUUUUUCCACUAGUACUAUGACCACACUCAAAACUUGUAUAGAAGUAUAGUAUUUAGCACAAUAUUACUUAGAAAACCAGCCCCUUACAGAUUUUGGGUUCACAGAUUUAUGUUCUCUCCCAAUGUAUGGUAUACAACUUAAUGUCCCAAUAUUUGGGCAGAAACGGUAAAUGCAGUUAAUAUAUGCAUAUAAAUUAUGAUAAUAAUAACAAUGAUGCUUAGCUCUGCUUUGGACUUGUCGAUAGAAAUAAUAAUGAUUAUUAUACAAAUAAUUUUAGAUUAUGGCAUCCGUUUACAGACUGAUAGGAAUGAAUGGACAAGGGGAAAUAAUUUACACAUUUAUAUUAGUUGAGAAGAUUGCGAAGGUUUCGGUCCUGCAUAAUAUGUAUUGCUGUGCUUGAAUGUUUUAGACAAACACUCUUAACAAAUUCUAAUUUAUUUUUGUAAAUAGAUUUAUACAUAUAUGCAUGAUUAUCGUUCUGUCUUAGUUUCUUCCUUCCAUUUGAUUUUCAUCCAUUUUCUUGAGAUUCUUAGUUUUAUUUUUAUCAAAAUAAUUAGUUUUAAUCUGUCCACUGAUUGAUUGAGCUCAAAUUAUUUUUUCUUAUGCGUUGAUCUGGAAUUCUUACAAUUUUUUUGAACAUUGGCAUAGUUUUAAUAAUCAUUAUUGGGGUAUUAAGAAUAUUAAUUUCAUAUCUAGUAUUUUGAUUUAUUUCUCUUUAUCAAGCUUUAUCUUGAGCGUAGAAAUAAUUGUAACAAAAUGCCAAAUCAGUAAUUGAAAGUUCAAGAAUUGUUAAAUUAUAGUUCCAGAAAUUAUUCAUAUCCCUCAAGGAGGAAUUCAUUCUAAACCCCCCCACCCCCUACCCCCAGAAAUUCCAAUUUUCUUCCAUACAAACUCUGUAAUUUUUGUUCUUUCUCUGACCC